AAAAGUUGAUUCUUUAUUUGUGUAAAAACAUUUGUUCUUUCGUCUCCCCAAAUAUGAAGAUACUCGGUAAAUCUUGGAAGUAUAUUAAUGAAGGCAAUGCCCAUAUCGUUGUACAAAUACUGGGUACCGAUUAUGUACUGCGUCUUAUCAAAGAAGAUGGGAUAACUACAACUCCGAAGAAUGUUUACGAUUCCGUGAAUUUCGUCAACUUGAUCAUGGUGCCAUUGUUGGAGAACACUCAUUACGGAAACGAACAAACUAUUGAGAUAUCUGCGAGUGAUUUAACAGCAUUAACUAAAGUUUUAUUACCAUUUCGUCCAGCCAACAGGAUACACAAAUCAUUAAUUAGUCAGAUUGCCAUAAAAGCCACAAAUUUGUCUAUAGUAAGCCCUAAUUGUGAAAUCAACUACUGUGUUGAAAUCAAGCCAAAAGAAGGGUAUCUGUCAUCUAGUCUGAAGCAGUAUUCAAAAUGUUACUAUUGUUUUAAACAGUAUUUAAAGUUACAAAUGAAUUCAAUUGAGAAGACAAGUCACUACUGUCCUCUCGAUUUAUUUUCUGGUGAUAGAAAUAGAAUGAAAAACGCUUUGUUGAAUAUGAUAAAUAAUCCACAGAAUAAUUUUAAAUUGUUUAAAAAUGGCUCUUUGAUUUUCAAUGAACUAUCAUCCAAAGAGGAUCUUGAAGAGAUCAUAAAAAAUAUGAAUUGUUUUAGUGAUUCUUCUUUAUUUUUGGACUUUAUAAUUGCAAUUUUACAAAGUGAUAAUAAUAUUCCUUAUAUUGAACUAACUAAAACCCACACAGAAAACACAGAGAAGUGCUACAAACAUUGUGUUGAGAGUAACAAUUUAGACCCUACUUCCUUUUUAUACAAGUUGUUACAAUUACAAAGACUGUCUGAAACUGUGGCCUUUGAUGUUAAAGACUUAGGUAAUGACUAUAUGGAUUAUGUGUCAAAAUUGAUAGAAAAUCUGAACUUGAAUAAAUUAGACCUUCAUAGACAGAGUGACAGAGAAACAUUCUAUAAGACAGCAGACCCUAUACACCUGGCUCUUAUAUCAGCUGUGGCCAAAGACUGCUCUAUCAUGAUAAGUUUUUCUACAAACUAUGUUGAAAAUAUCCCUUAUGUUGAAGUUGGAGACUUGAAAGUAUUUUACAAGCUGGCCUUAACUGACUUGGAGCCAAAGUCUCCACAGACAUUAUCAAAGAGAAAGGAUACAGAGAAGAAAAUGAUAGCAAUCUAUGAGAAAUACAGAGAGACAGUACAUGAGGAGAAGCUAUAAUCCAACCAAACACAGAAACAAGAGCUAAACAGUUAGAAGCAUGGCAACAACUUAUUACAGAGUACUUAAAGACAACCAAACAAUCAACCAU